AUGUAUAACAUUUACACGGCACGAAGUCAUAAGGGAUACGACCAACAUUGCGUAACCCAACACCAAACAUCAACAAAUCACUCAAACCAAACUGCUUUUGAUCCUGUUCGUUAUCUUGCUGCUCUUCAUGCUCUUGUUGCUGAUGGUCCUAAUAGUGGUGCUGCUCGUGCUGCUGCUAAUUAUACUGAUCGUCCUUAUCUUAAUCAUUACCGUACUCUUGAUGAUCUUAGUUAUGCUCGCCUUGAUGAUAAUUAUCUUCGUGCUGUUCGUAAUUACGUUUAUCGUAAUAGUAAUCGUCGUAAUUAUCGUAAUCAUGUUGUUUAUUGUAAUGACGUUGAUUUUGAUGUUGAUGAUGUUGAUCUUGAUGUGUAUGCUCCUUAUGAUCGUGAUGAGAUUGAUCGUGCUGCUCGUCUUUGUUUUGAUCAUCGUUAUGAUCCUGAUGGUUAUGAUGUUGCUCGUAAUUAUCUUGCUCCUUUUAAUCGUUUUGGUGAUGAUGACGAAUGGAAUUAG